ACUCAUUAGUGCUACACUGGUCAGCAAAAUUCAAACCUUCCCUCGAAUAACACAAUUCUCCACAAUUUUAAACUCAGAACUGCAAAACCCCUUCUUCCUCCAGUCUCUCUGCAACUCCAUAUGAACCAGUAGAGAGAGAAAGAAAGGGAGAGAGAGAGAGAGAGAGAGGCAUUGUCAAAUUUCCCAAAACUUCAAACACAAAAAAAAUGAUUCUUUUUUUCCUGCAAAUUGCUCUACUUCUGGUUCCUGUAGUCGUGCACUGUCUCAACCAAGAUGGACUCUCCCUCCUCGCACUCAAAUCCGCAAUCGAAACCGACCCGACCCGGAUCCUCGACUCCUGGUCGGAAUCCGAUCCCACCCCCUGCCACUGGCACGGCGUCGCCUGCACCGGCAACCGAGUCACCGACCUCCUCCUCACCAACAAACGCCUCACCGGCUACAUUCCCUCCGAACUUGGCCACCUCGACUCGCUCAAGCGACUCAAUCUUUCAAACAACAACUUCUCCAUGCCCAUCCCGGCCCACCUCUUCAACGCCGCUGCCCUCAUUUCUCUCGACCUCUCCAACAACUCUCUCGUGGGUCCAAUCCCGGACCAAAUCCGAUCACUCAAGGCCCUGAACCACCUCGACCUGUCUUCCAAUCUCCUCAACGGCUUUCUCCCCGAGUCUCUCGCCGAGCUUCCCUCCCUCGCCGGAACCCUGAACCUCUCGUACAACAAAUUCUCCGGCGGUGUUCCGGCUUCGUACGGGCGGAUUCCGGUGCUCGUGAGCCUGGACCUCCGGCACAACAACCUCACCGGAAAAGUGCCUCAGGUGGGAUCGCUGGCGAACCAGGGCCCCACCGCGUUUUCCGAAAACCCUAGCCUCUGCGGGAUUCCGUUGGAUAUUCCGUGCCCGGAAGCUCAAAACCCUGAUUCCCCGAAAAGCGGGGGUGAGGAUGUUCAAAAGCCUCUCAACCCGGAUCCGAGUUUGGUACGGAGGGCAGAGCAGCGAGAAAAUCGGAGCGGCGUGUCAGUGACGGUUCCGAUAAUUUCGGGCGUUUCGGUGGUGGUUGGGGCCGUGUCGGUAUCGGUGUGGCUGCUUCGCGUAAAAAGCAGGGCGAAGGAGGGCAAAACGGGAAAAGAGAAAGUGGUAAAGGAGGUGGCUGUCGUGGUGGAGAAUGAGGGGGAAGGGCAAAAUGGUACAUUCGUUGUGGUGGACGAGGGGUUCGAGUUGGAAUUGGAGGAUUUGCUGAGGGCAUCGGCGUACGUGGUGGGGAAGAGCAGGAGUGGGAUUACGUACAGAGUGGUCGCCGGGAAUGGCGGGAAGGGAUCUGGUGCGGCGCCGUCGGUUGUCGCCGUGAGAAGGCUGAGCGAGGGUGACGCCGCGUGGCGGUUCAAGGAGUUUGAGGCUGAGGCGGAGGCGAUGGGGAAGGUGGUCCACCCCAAUAUCGUCCGCCUGAGAGCAUAUUACUAUGCGAAUGAUGAGAAACUUCUGGUUACUGAUUUCAUUCGCAAUGGCAGCUUGUACAAUGCACUCCACGGUAAAUUAACCGACUCUUUGCCGCCAUUGCCAUGGACGGCAAGGUUAAAAAUUGCUCAGGGGAUCGCAAGGGGUUUGGUGUACAUACAUGAACACAGCCCUCGAAAGUAUGUUCAUGGAAGCAUUAAAUCGACAAAGAUCCUUCUCAACGAUGAUCUCCAACCUUACAUAUCCGGGUUCGGAUUGGCACGUCUUAUGUUGGGUACCUCAAAGUUCUCCACUUCAGCGUCGAGAAAGCAGAACUUGAAUCAAUCCAUUGUGGCUUCUGGUGUGGCUGGUCCAAGUUCUUCAACCAUUUACUUGGCGCCCGAGGCCCGAGUUUCUGGCAGCAAGUUCACUCAGAAAUGUGAUGUGUACUCCUUCGGAGUUGUGCUCAUGGAGAUCUUGACCGGUAGGUUGCCAGAUGAGGGGCUCGAAAAUGGUGGCGAGGGACUCGAGAGUCUGGUCAGGAAGACAUUCAGAGAUGAGCGCCCCCUUUCUGAGAUCAUAGACCCUGUACUUGUGCAAGAAGUUCAUGCAAAGAAGCAAGUUGUUGAAGCCUUUCACAUUGCCCUUAAUUGCACUGAGCUCGACCCCGAACUGCGUCCUAGGAUGAAAACUGUCUCCGAGAGCCUUGAUCGCAUCAGACUGCAAUGUUAAGAGAAGAAAACAGAGAAUGCGAAAGCUGACUGUUCAUCCGGAAUUGGUUAUGGUGCUGAAAAUGGUCUCGGAUGGGGAUUGUAUGUUUUUGUGGAGACGAUUACUGUUAGGAAAUCCAUUAGCUUAAUGGGUUGGAUGUAUCAUAUGUGUUGUGUAGUUGAAUUAUUGGUUGUUUGAAGAUGAUGAAUUCAACGGGGACCGGCAUGUUCUUAGGUUGCUGGCAUUCUGGUGGAAGGGUAGAAGAAGAGUGUUUCCGGCCGUUUGUUUCUCUUCUGUAACACUUGUUUUUUGCACUAUUCUCACCAUAUGAUCCCUGCUUUCCCUCAGGUUGAAAUUUGUAAUGGCUAAUGUUGAAUAGCAUCUGUGUUCUUCAUUA